AUGCACAUUACGAGUGUACAGACUAGGAAAAAUAGCAAUUUAGAUGCAGAUACAGAUUUAGUUAUGAGAACUAGUAAAAGUGACACAAGUCUUACAGAUGGUUUUGUUAUGGUCACAGAGGCUGACAUUAACUGUAAAAAGACCGAUUCUCAAAAUAUUUUAAAAAAAGGAUUUAGAUGGCAGCGACAAUUGGUGUUCAAAAAUAAGCUUACUAUGCAUACUGCUUACGAUCGCAAGGAUAACAGAGAACCAGCUUCCAUAACUGCACUAGCAGUUUCAAGGGAUCAUAGAACUAUUUAUAUUGGAGAUGCAAGAGGUCGAGUAUUUUCUUGGAGUGUAUGCGAAUACCCUGGUCGAAUAGCAGAUCAUUGGCAAAAAGAUGAUGUAACAGAUUCUUGUGAAGGAUGUGGUGUUAAAUUUAGUUUUUCAGAAAGAAAACAUCACUGCAGAAAUUGUGGAUUACUAUUUUGUUCAAGGUGCAGCAGAUUUGAAUCCAAAAUUUCGAGACUGGGAAUUUUCAGACCUGUAAGAGUUUGUCAAAGAUGUCACACAAAGUUGAUUUCUCAAUCGUCAAAGGAAUGCAACACUGAGUAAAUUAAGGAAAUCUUUUUCAUCAAACAUUUCAAUUAACGCAAUUUGAAAGCAUAUAUGCAGAAAAUUUGUACAUGAAAAAAAAAAACAAUA